AGAAGAAAUCAACCGGCGCGACUUUUCUGCCCACCGCGCGCAUCUUCAGACCGUCCAAGCUCAACAAAACUCGAGUCCUAGUUAAGUAAGCGUCUGGCUUCCUUUAGUCAUGUUUGAUCACGUAGACUUUGAGCGAUCUGAGGAGCAGCUGGCCUCUGACAGCGAGUAUGAGGCAGAUGGCGUGGAGUCGUCAUUGUCCACACGAGUAGAAUAUCAUUGGUCAUUUGAGUAUCGUCUGAAGUGGAAAACAUCCAUGUUGACACAACGCUCCUCAAGACUAACGAAGGCCUCCAAGAAGAUCGCCCAGAGAGACCCCAGCCCGGAUGAAGAAGUUAUCCAGCGCAAGCUGAGGAGUAGGACAAAGAGGAAUGGGCUGAAGAAAACAGAAACUAGUGACAGCAGAGUCCAUGCAGAGGAGAGGAGGGACCGCGACAUCCUUGACGUCAUUAACAGCACACUUGAGGCUAAAGGUGUCGGAGAGGAGGAUGAAGAGAGGUUUGUAGAGGUGACUGAUGAAGGAGUGGAUUAUUCAGAUGCAGACCGUGUCUCUGUAAGCAGCAUAGUGUCUGGUCCUUCCCUCCCCCAUAAUGCAUCUCGAAGGAAACAGCUUCUCUCACAGGGCUUGUGCACAGCCUGUAGGAGCCUCUACGAGAAGGCAAAGAAGUUGAAAAGACCUAUGAAAGACAAACUCCUGGACGAUGAUCCCAAGUCCCUGACAUGUGACGAGUGGGUCCUGAUCAAGAGCUGGAGACCGAGGAAGCUGCAUAAUGAAAGACGGAAGCUUCUGAUCCAGGUACAACUGGUUAAGAAAAGACUUAAGGCCACAAAUGGUGCAAAGCGGAACUCUCAAUGUGGGAGAAAGUUGGAAUCUUCAGCCUGCACAAGACCGCACAGCUUCCUCCAGAGAAACCUUAGACGAUGUCUCAGAACGCCAAUGAAACAAAUGAAGAAGAGCAGGGGGAAGAGGAGAAGAGUUGGUUCACAGGGUCCUUGUGUGGCGAAGCAGCAGCGUCUCCACAGCAACCAUCACCUCCCAAACAUCCGUGUAAGCAGCACCGAUAAGAGCAGCAUUCUCAGCGCUGGUUUGGAAGGUAAGAUCGAUCAAGAAGUCAGCGAUGAUUCGAACACAAAUCUGACUGUUGAGUUGAUCCCCGCCAACGUUUCCCUGGAACUCACCGAGCCCAGAGAGCUCCCAUCCAAUCAGAAAGCAGCGAAAAAGGCGUGUGGAUUCAGAAACUUGCUUGCCCAGUUGCGCUGCAACAGCAGCGUGGUCGUGAAAGAAAGUCGUUAGCUAAGUGACUCUGUUUUAUUUAAUAAAGCUUCAGGAAGGUAUUCAAGCCCUGAUGUAGCUUUUACUUGUUAAGUUUGCGCUUUAGCCCUCCUAUUUUCUCUGUUGUUCUUGAUGUUUCUGAGUUGAGUAGACCACUGAUACAUUUCCACAUACCUGCAUGUUAUUUAUUUAUUGUUAGCAAGUAGUUUAAUUCAACACACAACGUGAGUGUUGCUUCUUUUUUUUUGUACAUGUAUAUUUUACCCAAUCCCUAGAAUAGACUGAUCAAACCAGUAGACAUACAUGACAGACUAAUCCAAUGCUGUUUUGAGUUUGUAUGUGGGAAAGUAUAACGUGACAAAACAGUCAGUAUUCUAAAGAAGAAUCUAUUUUUAGUGUUGUACCACAAUGCAGAUAUAAGGAUUAUUGAUUCUUACAUAUUUUCUUAUAAUUGCAAAACUAUAUGUUUACAUUUAGUACGCAGUAUACAUUUGGGACACAUUAUAUCCUUGACCUGCCUGU